AUGGGUCAUUUCAGGGCCGACUUUCAGGAUAAUGAUAGCCCUCAUAAGUGCCAAGCUCAGCACAUGUGGCACUGCAAAAUCAUAUUGGGGAGAGAUUCUAUUGAGCCGGACAGAUAUCACGCCGUUUGUUCGCCAUACUACUCAGGUUGGCUGGAGGAUGAUCAUGAUGGCUUGGGACAACCAGGGUUUGCUCGAGGUCACAGGGUCGUCGAUGAGAAGGCUGAGGAGCGGGAUAAGUACAACCAAUUGCGUCGCGUUCUAAAUUCUGAGAAAAUGCAAAGGUGGAAAAAGAAGAAGGAUCAUUCUCAUUCUGAUUCCUGCACAAGGGCAAGUAUCAAGAGAAAGUUCCAUGAUGUUGGAGAUAUUUGUAUUUCUGUUUCAACUAAACACAAGGGUGUUGCUGAGGAGGAGGGCGAGCCACAUCAUGAAAAUUCAUCCAGUAAACCAACAAAGUUGCCAGAAAAGCGUAUACUAGAACUCAUUCUGGACGUGCUGCAAAGGAGGGAUACCCAUGAAAUAUUUGCUGAACCAGUUGAUCCCACUGAGGUGGAAAAUUACUAUGAAAUCAUUAGAGAGCCUAUGGAUUUUGGUACAAUGAGGGCUAAACUUCACGAAGGAAUGUAUCAGAAUCUUGAACAGUUUGAGCAUGAUGCAUUUCUGAUUUCAAAGAAUGCGAUGCAUUUCAACUCCUCUGGUACUGUCUAUUUCAGACAGGCUCGUGCUAUAUAUGAACUAGCUAAGAAAGUAUUUCAUCUUCUAAAAACUAAUCCCGGAAACUUUGAAGUGGAAUUUCCGGGGACCAGACUAAGAUCGAUGAGGAGAUUGAAAAAUGAAGCCAAGGAAAAACAUUCUAGAGGUGUAAUACCAGAUGGUGCCCUUGAUGAUUCUUCCAAAAAUAUCGGACUUGGCAAAAGUGUUUCAUCAACAUUUAGGAGAAGCAGCAAAGAAGGACCUUCGUUAACCAGUGGUGUUGCUCCGAUUGACAGUGCAUUCUUAUUAGGUAACAGACAUGGCCAAAGGUUGUCUUCUCUUGAUGCUAGUCGUCGUUCCACAUAUGAAACUUGCAGGCCUUCGUCUUACCAUGAGACCAACUCUUUUAUGUGUGACAAGAAUCCUCAGUCACUAAUUCUUAACAGGAAUGGUAGUUACCGAGAGAGCUUGAUGUCAUUUGUCAAAGAUUUAGGACCAACAGCACAAAUGGUUGCCAACAGGAAAUUGCAAGGAAACCAUUCAUUCCUUCCCUCUCACACAAAUAUAAGUCCAAACUAUGGAGUUCAGCCUCCAACGUGCUUAGGAUUCGCUGCCUUUGCCACCAUACAAAGUCAAUCUGAUACUGGAGUUUUUACUUCAUCUCAGAAACUCUCUAGUCCGGUCGGAGGAUUUGGCUCAGUGCUCAAAAGAACCAGUGAUAAGAUCGAUCUGACUAAUGCUGCAAGGGAAGACGAGACUAGCAAAAUAGGUGGAAUGAGCAGUCAGAAAGGCCCCCUUCCUCGUACAGAAAAUUCAGAGAAGACAAUUUUGUGCUACAAAAGGAAUGUUCAUAAAGUAACAGAAGAAGCAGCCAAGAAAACUCAAAAUGGAGGCAAGAGUAAAGAAAAUAACUUGAGUUCUCAUAUCUGCACUAAUGGGAAAUCAGGAGAUACAAAUUCUUCAACCAUGAAGAAAAUUGGCAGAAGUAAGGUGGAAGAAAUCAAAGUUCUGCCAGUUGUACUAGCUCUAGAACAAUCUCAUUCAAGUCUAUCUGAGUUGAAGUGGAGAAACAAGAAGAAUUCCAAUUCCACAUCAUCACGCAUCACACGAUCACAAAGCAAGAUUGCACAGUCUUCUCCAGCUCAGUCCAAUUUAACUGGGACUAUUCCAGAUCAAACCCAAAAAAACAGCUUUCGAUCAAAGACUGAAAAGAAAGCAGUCAUUUGUGAUAAAAACGAAAAUGUUGGCAGCAGCUCGGGUAGCAACCUCAGUUUUCUUGGGCCAGUUAGCCAAUCUUUGAAGCUGGAACUGAACAAGACAAUGCCUGUAGUGCCAUUUCCAGCAAGAACGAGCUCCAGGUUCAUUUUUGAUAUGCCAUUCUUGAAAGCUCAGCUAAAUCAAAUGAAUCCAAUAGGGCAAAAUGAAAUGUCAGAGGCAUCAAGAUUGCACAGAGAUUACAGGGAAAGGUCCUUGUAUGGUCAGGGAAGUUACUAUAAGAUGGGCAGGGAAGCGAAUCAAUCACUGUCUCUUCAGGAGAAACCGAACAUUCUGCAGACCAUGCCAUCUUUCCUUUACAACAAUCAAUCAUCAUAUCGUUCGUUAGCUCCUGUAGACACUGACUUGGCACUUCAGCUUUGA